AAGCUAAAGAUUCCUUGAUAGAGAAGAAAAGAGGCUCUUCAGGUACACUACUACAAUAACGGUAAGAUGGACAUAUCGUAGACACCACAAAUGCUUUAAACUAUGAAAAGAAGAUACCUAAACCUUCCCCACCAAAGAGAGCCAAGAACCCAACUUGAAAUUCUUUACCUUGCUGCCUACCUCUACUCCUGUUAAGAAUUCACCUUUCUUCAUAACAUAAAAAUUGCCUCAAAACACCGAAAAGCCGGAUGUUGUCACUCCUAGAGUGCCAAUUAUUACUUGUCACCGCCGCCGUCAAUUAUGACCAAGAGCUUUCUAUCCAGUCCCCCACCUCGAACCCAUUUUCUAUGGUGGUUUGCUGCUAUCUUUUGUGCCAUCCUCACCUUGGCAAUAAUCAUUGCCGGCAUCGUCAUCUUCAUUGGCUACAUGGUAAUUCACCCAAGAGUUCCAGUCAUCAGCGUUGUCGGUGCUUAUCUCCCUCAUUUCAACUACGACGGAGCCGGGGUACUUGUAACGCAAGUAAACAUCCUGAUAAGGUCGAAGAAUGACAACAUGAAGGCCCAUGCCAGGUUCUCAAAUUUCAAUCUUGAACUGUUCUUUGAUGGGAAUAGGAUAGCAGUAUUGUCAACUGCGACUCCAUAUGAGGUGAAGAAGAAUAGUUCAGUUGAUUUUAACUAUGAAUACACCUCGGAUCCUAUACCAUUAAAUCCUAUGCAAAUGAAUCAUGUGGAUGAAUCCCUUAAAAAGGAUGAGGUGACUUUUGAGUUGAAAGGAGGUGUAAGAACUCAGUGGAGAGUUGGGGUUCUUGGCUCUUUUAAGUUCUUGUGUCACUUGAAUUGUCAACUACAAUUUCGCCCAUCAAAUGGAAGCUACAUAACAAGACGUUGCUCCUCCAGGUCUAAGUGAUUGAUUUGCUCAUCUUUUGUUUUGGAUUUGGAUAUCUGUUCUUUCUUAUUUCUCCUUAAUUUAAUUAUCAUGUAUUUCUUCA